AUGGCAGCGACAUCGACCAAAUUACGUCCUUUGGUCAAAGGAAAAAUUCUUAAAAAACGUACAAAAAAAUUUAUUCGCCAUCAAAGUGAUCGAUACGUUCGUCUACGUCCAAACUGGCGUAAACCACGUGGUAUUGACAAUCGUGUCCGUCGACGCUUCAAGGGUGUCUAUUUAAUGCCUUCAAUUGGUUAUGGUUCUGAUAAACGUACACGUCAUAUGCGUCCAGAUGGUUUUCGCGCAUUUCUUGUUAACAAUGUUAAGGAACUUGAAAUGUUAUUAAUGCAAAAUCGUAAAUUUGCUGCUGAAAUAGCUCAUACAGUUUCAGCACCAAAUCGUAAAAAAAUUAUUGAACGUGCUCAACAAUUAGCUAUCAAGGUUACAAAUCCAAAUGCUCGUUUACGUGCUGAAGAAAAAGAAUAA